GAUCGCGGCAUGGAGAUUGGAGAAGGACGUCAAGCUAACCAACACCGGAUUCCCGACGACCUCCCGGACGAGCAACCGCCAUACCGAACGCACCAACACGAGAUCGUGGAGGAACCAGGUUCGAAGCCGACAUUCCGAGCACCAUAUCGGCUCAGCCCCACGGAGCUAGCCGACAUGAAGAAGCGGAUUGAGUAUCUCCUCACCAAAGGACUUAUCCGACCAUCCACUUCACCAUACGGUGCCCCAGUACUCUUCACACCGAAACCGGACGGAAGCCUGCGCAUGUGCAUCGACUACCGAGCUCUCAACAAGCAGACCAUCAAGAACAAGUACCCGAUUCCACCAAUCGAUGAUCUGCUCGACCAGCUUCGGGGAGCCACGGUAUUUUCAAAAUUAGAUCUGCGGUCCGGAUACUGGCAGACAAGAACGGCGGAUGAUUCCGUUCACAAAACGGCCUUCCGAACUCGAUAUGGAUCGUACGAGUAUCUGGUGAUGCCGUUCGGACUCACCAACGCACCUGCAACGUUCCAAGCAGAGAUGAAUCACAUCCUACGCCCACUCUUGGAUGAAUGCGUGGUGGUGUACCUAGACGACAUCCUCGUCUACUCGCGCGAUAUGCAACAACACGUCGAACACUUAGUCUUCGAGAUUCUUCGACGAGAACGCUUCUACGUCAAACUAUCCAAGAGCGACUUCGCCCUCGAGAAAGUCCAAUUCCUCAAACAUAUCGUAAGCGCUCAAGGAGUUCACGUCGACCCCAAGAAAAUCAAAGCCGUGCGCACGUGGAAGGCACCCGAGAACAUGAAGGAGUUACAACAGCUCCUUGGCUUUGCUAACUACUACAACAGGUUCGUGCCGCAAUACGCGGAGAUCGCCGCGCCACUCACGAAUCUGCUGAAGAAGACCACGCCCUAUAACUGGGAACCAAGACAUCAAGAAGCCGUGGAACAGUUGAAACAAGCACUCACUUCCGCACCCGUACUCAUCUUGCCAGACCCCGAACGCGACUACGUCAUCGAAGCUGACGCCAGUGACCAGGCUGUGGGAGCAGUCUUGAUGCAAGACCAGGGGAAUGGACCACAACCAAUUGCCUACCUCAGCAAAAAAUUACAUAGAGCAGAACUCAACUACCCGAUACACGACAAGGAGGCCCUUGCUAUCAUCAUCGUCUUCAAAACGUGGAGAUGCUAUCUCGAAGGACGCAAGAUGACAGUCAACACCGACCAUUGCAGCCUAAAAUAUUUGAAGACGCAACCAAGCCUCUCCAGGCGACAAGUUGGGUGGAUCGACUUCCUCGAGACACACUUCCAUUACGACAUCGUGUACAAGCCUGGCCAUAAAAACAAAGCCGAUGUGCUUAGCCGGCCUGCACACGUUGCCGCUAUCCAAGUUGAAGGGAUGAAUCCACUCCUCAAGGGACUCUUCACACACGGGUACACCAUCGACCCCGAAAUUCCCUUGGCAGAAAAGCGACAUCUGCUACAGUGGGACAACGACAUCGCGUACCAUAAAGGAUCAACAAAGAUAUGGGUACCUAAUAAUCCUCCAUUGCGCCAGUUACUACUCGAAGAAUACCACGACGUCGUGUACGCAGGACACUUCGGUAGCAACAAGACGCUCACCGGUAUCGCCAAACACUACUACUGGCCCCACAUGGCAGAUGACGUACAGAAAUUUGUCACCUCGUGCACCGCAUGUCAGCGGAUGAAGAGGAGCAAGCACAAAAAGGCGGGUCUACUACAGCCUCUUCCUGUCCCAGAACAGCCAUGGCAAGUGGUCAGCCUAGACUUCAUCACCGAGCUACCAACUACCACAAGCGGACAUGACGCGAUCCUCGUUGCCAUUGACAAGUUCUCCAAAAUGGGACACUUCAUCCCGACUCACACGACAGCACGCACCGAGGAGACGGCACAACUCUUUGUUCGCUACAUCAUCUCACAACAUGGUAUUCCGACCACACUCAUCUCCGACCGAGACCCUAAGUUCACUAGUAAAUUUUGGAAAGAACUGAUGUCUCUGCUCGGGACCAGACUCACCAUGUCAUCCGCCUACCAUCCAUAGACUGUUGCUGCAGCUGCUGCUCCAA